UUUAUUUUGGUCUGACACUGUGACAUCAUAAAGCUGCGCCGUGCUCCUGCAUAUAUUGUGAUUCGUCUGAAGAAAGACGGCCUCCUGAAGUCUGUAUAAGGUUCAGAGAUUCACUGCUUUAGUGGACACCAUCUCAGUCAAGAUCCUGAUGAAGAUUCACACAGUCUCCUGAUCUUCUUUCCUGAGUUUGCUUCAGGUGUAACUGGAUAUUGCAGGCCAUCACCAAUCACUCUGACUGACUCCUCACAAGUGUGCUGACAACUGAACCAGGGAGCUUAUUGAAACACAACCAGAGACUUAGUUUUUUUUUUAUUAUUAUUAUUCUCACCUCAACAGGACAAAGUGUCUAAACGCACAGAAAAACUCCUGCUGAAACAGCUGAGAUUCACGUGACACACGAUUAUAAAGAUGGCGUUUAUUAAAGAGGAGAGUGAGGAAGUGAAGAUUAAAGAAACGUUCAGAGUUAAAGAAGAAGAUACCGAGGAACAAACAGACUUGAUGGUGCUGAAAGAGGAGAGUCAAGAACUAAAAGAAAUGGAAGAGAAAAAUCAAUUUAAGAAUCAGCAUGAUUUUAUAUCUAAAGAAAAAUCUUUUAGUGGCUCACAGACUGAAAUAACUUCAAGUAAAAACGAUUUUAAAAUACACAUGAGAGUUCACACUGGAGAGAAGCCUUAUGCCUGCCAACACUGUGGAAAGUGUUUCAAUAAAAAAAUAACUCUUAGAAACCACAUUAGAAUUCACACUGGAGAAAAGCCUUGUGUCUGCCAACACUGUGGAAAGUGUUUCGGUCAAACAUCAACUCUUUUAAGACAUACCAGAAUUCACACUGGAGAAAGGCCUCAUAUUUGCCCUCAGUGUGGAAAGAGUUUCACUGAUCCUGGAAACCUUGUAAAACACAUGAGAAUUCACACUGGAGAGAAGCCUUGUGUCUGCCAACACUGUGGAAAGUGUUUCGGUCAAACAUCAACUCUUAGAAGACAUAAUAGAAUUCACACCGGAGAGAGGCCUCAUAUUUGCCCUCAGUGUGGAAAGAGUUUCACUGAUCCUGGAACCCUUGGAAAACACAUGAGAAUUCACACUGGAAAGAAGCCUUAUAUUUGCCCUCUGUGUGGAAAUAGUUUCACUCAGAAAGGAAGCUUUAACAGACACAUGAGAACCCUACACAUGUCCUGAGUGUGGAAAGUGUGUCGGUCAGAAACAACACUUUGAAGACCACAUGAGAAUUCACUCUGGAGAGAAGCCUUUUACCUGCCAACAAUGUUUCAAAUGUUUAAACCAGAAAGCAAGCCUUAACAGGCACAUGAGA